AAAUUUUUUAUCGUAGCUGGAAUGGCGUGAUUUUUAGCGUAAAAUUUUAAUUUUAUUUACAGUUUUAUACCGGUUAAAAUUUUAAUUUUUCCCCUAAUAUUUUCCUGAAAAUAUUAAGUUAUCAUGUGUUUGAAGGAGCCGCUAUAAACAGUAUAAUUUAGUUAAUUUAUGGUUGUGAUAAAAAAGUGCAAAUGUUUAAUUACAAAUAUUUAACUCGAGAUCAUCUCGAGGGUUUCGACAAUUACAAGUAUAUGUCGAAGGAUACAAGCCCCCUAAGUGUGUAUGUGAUGCAUCCGUUCUGGAAUAAAGUGGUUGAGCUCGUACCAAGAUGGGUAGCUCCAAACGUCCUAACCUUCGCGGGGUUCCUCCUAACAGUUGUAGAUUUCAUUCUGCUCUCAUACUAUGACUACGAUUACGCAGCGGCCAGCGCUAGGGUCAAUGGGACCUCCACUGAACCCUUGAAUGGCCACACUGAGGUCAUCCCGCAGUCCUUAUGGUACCUGCUGGCCGUGUUCUUGUUCCUGGCUUAUACUUUAGACGGUAUAGACGGCAAGCAGGCCCGCCGCACGCAGACCUCUGGUCCCCUGGGCGAGCUGUUCGACCAUGGACUCGAUUCGUACUCCGUAUUCUUCAUACCGGCCUGCCUUUACUCCAUAUUUGGCCGGCUGGACUUCUCCAUUCCGCCUAUAAGAAUGUAUUACAUAAUGUGGAAUCUACUCCUAAACUUCUAUUUAAGUCAUUGGGAGAAAUACAACACAGGCGUGCUGUUUCUGCCCUGGGGCUACGAUUUUAGCAUGUGGGCAUCCACAUUUUUCUUUAUGUGGACGGGCGUGAAGGGGACGGCAUAUUACAAGAAAUAUAUAUUCGGAAGUUACACACUGGCCAACGCGUUUGAGUGGGUCAUAUAUGGGACGGGGGUCCUCACCAAUUUGCCAGUCGCUUUAUAUAAUAUUCAGGAAUCAUACAAGCUGCGAACGGGCAAGAUGCGAUCACCUCUGGAAGCAAUACGGCCUCUGUGGUCGAUUUUAGGCAUUUUCAUUGUAUCCAGCUUUUGGGUCCAUAAAUCAUCACUGGUCGAUGAUGACCCCAGAAUGGUGUUCUUGUUAAUUGGAAGCCUGUUCAGUAAUGUUGCUUGUCGGCUGAUAGUCAGUCAGAUGAGUAAUCAGCGCUGCGACUCAACCAACUGGCUGGUGUACCCGCUGGCUCUCAGCGCUGCGACGUCCUUGCUCUACCCGAGAUACGAACCCACUGUCUUCUACACGGUGACCGGCUUUGUGGUCUGCGCCCAUGUGCAUUAUGGCGCUUGUGUGGUACGACAAAUGUGCGACCACUUCAGAAUAAACUGUUUCCACAUAAAACAGCGCGCAGAUUGACUCUUAGAGGACAAUGUGUGCUAGAAACAUAACAUUAACAUACAUACAGUAAUAAUCUUAAUAUGGGAAUAUUUUAACCAUUGUCAGAACUUCUGAAUAUGAGAAAAAUUAAAAAAAAAAACAAUUUUUAUUGUUUAUAACUUUUAUUGGACAUACCAAUAUAGAUAUUUUUUUAAUUAAAAACUGGUGCCGUUCAUAUGGUCCCAGUUAAAUUUCUUCUAACAAUUUGAAAACGGUUCAUGUUUUUUUUUAUAAUACAUGUCUGUUGGAAAGAGAGGGAGAUGCACUAUUUUUCUUUGUCUAACACGUAUUGCAUAAACACCAGUAAUAAUAGUAUAAGUGUUAAAUAGCCAGGAUAAAUAAAUAAAGAAGUAACCUUAAAAAAUAAUUAUAUUAACAAAAGGAACUGUCUCAUGACUUUUCAAAUUAAUGUAACAUUCGAAACAAAAUCUCGUUUAAUUCAUUUAAUUUGUCACUCACUAUUCCCAAAUAAAGAUUUUUAAUGUAUAUUCAAAAUAGAAUACUUCAGAACACCGCUAAAAACUACGUGAAUACUCAGCCUAUUUUCCAAAACUAAAACAUGCCAGUUUAAUGUUAUGUUAUUUAUAAAGAUAGUGUACAUUUAUUUUGUAAAUUUGCAUUGUGUACACGUCUUUAUCCCAUGGGCUCAUAGCACGCAUUGUCUUUACCUAGGAAUCAUUUUAAUUUAAGCUAAUUAUUUUAAUUUUAUUAAGCAUAUAAUUAUUUUACACUUUGACACCUAGUUGGAACACAUUUCCACUUAUAUUUAGUGAAGAACACUAUCACAACUUAAUGAUUAUGUUAUGUGUAUUUUAUAUUUACUUUACUUAAUUUUUAAGUUGUGAAUAGGAAAAUAACUUAGUGGACAAGUUGCAUAUUAUAGCAAUAUAACUUAGUCACAUCAGCUGUGUUUAUAUUUUACGUUGAUUAAAACUUUUUUUUGAUUAUAGUUGUUCUAUUUUGUAAACAUUCUUUAAUUAAUUAUUAAUGUCUAUAUCCUUUACUUAUUUCUUAUAGAAUGUUUACUAAAUAAAUCAUUAAAAAUAAACUUAUUGUAAUAUCAAUUUUAAGUUGCACAUUUUACCUUCAAAUUCUCAGAUUUGACCUAAAUUUUAAGAGCCAUUGUUUUUCUGUUUUAUUUUGAAACAAGUAUAUAAAAAUAACUCAUAUUUAUAUAUCUUGCACACCCUAUUAAUCGUGUUUUAUCCGACUAUUUGAAGGCAUCUUACAAAUCAAUCAUUAUUUUUAUAAAAAUACUCACCUCAUUUUUUGUAUUAAUUAUAAUUUAACAUUUAAUGUGCACUAAAAAACAAAGCAUGUGAAUACAUGCUAGCGCCUUAUUUACUAAUUUAAAAGCAAUUUCAUAUUGUACAUCAUACUCUGUGGUAUUUUUAUAAUAUAAAAUUACAAUUUCUAACUUAAGAUAAUUGGCAACUCUAUGUAAAUAUUAUUUUUUCGCCCAAAAUAAAAAUGACCUCCAUUAAAUUAUGAGAGAAUAAUUCUAAAUACAUCAAUAUUAAUAGAAGAAUAAUGAACGCAGUUUGUCUUUAAAAUGUAGAUAAAUGAAAUAGAUAGCAGUUAUAAUAAUAGACUAGCCAUUGUGUAGAUAGCUUGUUAUAAUGAAGUCUAGCCUCACUGUGCUUUUGCACGCAUAAGUAUUGUUCAUAAAACAUUAUUUUCGUACAGUUUAUUAAAGACUAUAAUUUAUUUUAAGUACAAUGAAUUAACUCUGUAUGGCCAUAGCUAUAUAUCAUAAUAUAAUGGUAUCCAAUUUGCAUGACAUGCAUACUUGAAAGCAAAUAUUUGAUAGAAUCUCACAUCAAUACUAACGACCCUGGAUUAUUAGACUAUAGUACGGGGAUCGCGUUCAAGUCCAAUGGUGAAAGAAUUUGUUACUUUUAGUCCAGUAGUUCCUCAGAUAAUUGCGUUCAAACAAAGAAUAUCUUUAGCUUUAUAUUAUCAUUCAGAUUAACAUACAAAUAUUUAAAUUAUUUUUUAGGACACUAGUAAUAUUUUUAGCUACGGAUUUCCAAAACACUGUUUGAUCAAACUGCAUGUCAUGCAAAUUGGACAGAACAGUCAUUUAAAGUAUUCCAUGUAUAUGUGUAAGAAACUACUUUUUGAAAACAGUUCUUCCUAACAUGCCUUCAUAGUCUUAUUUAGGUAGAACAUUCAUCACUAAAAGAAGCAAGUACAGAUAAUUUUUGUUUCUGAUAAAAGAAAAAAGUUAAGCAAGUGAAAUACAGAUUCAUAAUUUUAGGCAAGAUUAAAAAAAGUGCAAUUUUUCCAAUUGUAUUUGACACUCGAUACAUCAAAUAAAACUCGGACUUAAGAGCAGCCCGGACUUGUAACUCUUACUUGGGUUGAAAUCAUGUUUUUUAUAUCAUGACGCAUUCUAUUGCAAAGAUAUGAUAGAAAUCUAUGAGUAAGCAUUUUCAACAUGAUAGAUAAUAAUUUCUAUUCUAAAUAUAAAUUGAUUAUUUUUUAUUCAAUAUUUAUAACACAGCUCUACAAUUCUGGUUUCUUUUUUGUUUUGCCCUGGAUAUUUUUGCAAACAUUUAUGUUUAUGAGUGCCUAAAUCACAAACAUAUUCAUGAAAGUAUUGAAUGUGCUGUUUUUUUACGAUUUUUUCGUAUCUUGUAUUUUGAACAAUUAAUUACUGCUGGUCUACCCUAAAAAUUAUAAAAGAAAAGCUUUUAAUAAGCGUUUUAUGGAAAUUUACCAUUUUUUCCUCUCUAUUUACUUCAAUAUAUCAUAUUUACUCCGAAAAAACCUGACAUUAUAAAUAUAUAUUUUUUUUAGUUUCUUGAAUUCCAAUUUUUCUAAUUUAAAAUGAAUAUUGAAGAGAAAACGAGAGCAAAUCUUACAAAACCAUUAAUAAUUUUAUGAAUUGUGAACACAAUACACCAAAAAUCAAUCUCUUAUCUUGGGCAACAAAAUGACUGCAGACCAGUGUAAUUCUAUUGUAUUAUACUUGCUUAAAACUGUUAUAUAAACAGUAAUAAAAAAAAUGUUGUAAAUCAAGGCAUAAUAUAGCAUUAUUAAUUAUAUAUACAUAAAUUAUAUCAUAACAAAAUAGCAAAAGGUGCUUUGAUAUACAACUUAUUUCAGAUGUACCUAGUUACCUGGGGUAUCCAAAUUAUAAGAUGUAGUCUGUUGCUACUUGCUUCCAAAAUCUCACUAUCUUUGGCCAAUAAAUUCAUUGGACAUGGCUUAGCAACACAUUGUAUUUUUGUGAGAAAAUAAAACUAUUCAGUCAAUA